UUUGAGGAGUGUAUGUCCAUCUCACCAACAAUGCAAGAACACAGAUGGAGGGUAUCAGUGUUUUGACAGCUGUCCAUCAGGAAUGACUCAGGCUGAGAGCGGUGUGUGUGUGGAUGUAGACGAGUGUAAAGACGGCAGUCACAUGUGUCGCUACAGCCAAACCUGCCAAAACACACUCGGUGGAUAUGUGUGUGUGUGUCCAAGAGGCUACCGCUCUCAGGGUGUGGGCAAACCGUGUGUAGAUGUUGAUAAGUGUACACAGUCUCCAAGUCCGUGUGGGUAUCAGUGCCGAAACGUACCUGGUAGUUUCCGGUGUUUGUGUCCCCCGGGGACUGUCCUGCUGGUGGACGGCCGCUCGUGUGCUGGACUCGAGAGAGGAAAUGUGUUUAGUAAUCGAACUUGGGUUCGAGCGGGACUUCAGCCCCAGUUGGUGUCCACAAGAGGUCAAACACUAACACUGCUACAGAACACACAGCAGGGGGCACCGUGGAGCAACUUACACACCUGCCCUCCAGGUUAUAUAAGCAAAGCCGGUAGCUGUGUGGACAUUGAUGAGUGUGUGAUCAGAAAGCCAUGCCAACACAAGUGUCAGAACUCAGUGGGAAGUUUUCAGUGUUUUUGCCCUUCAGGGUAUCAGCUGAUGUCCAACGGUCAAACAUGCAGAGAUAUUGAUGAAUGCCUUGAGCACAGUGUGCAGUGUGGACCAAACCAAAUGUGCUUUAACACGAGGGGGAGUUAUCAGUGUUUGGACACUCCAUGUCCUGGCAGCUAUCACAGAGGAGGACCAGGACUGUGUUACAAGCCAUGUUCUCAUGGGUGUGCUGCAGGAUCGUCUCUCCUCCUUCAGUAUAAACUCAUCACACUUCCUCUGGGAAUUCCAGCUCAACACAACGUCAUCCAACUGUCAGCAUUUUCCGAGUCUAGUGUUCUUCAGGAGAGAACAUUAUUCACCAUCCUCGAACAAAAUGGAGAGAUUACAGAACAGCUGUUUGGGAUUAAAGACGAGGCUGGAAGAGGAAUCAUCUUCACCACUCGCCCUUUAAAUCAGUCUGGUCUAGUGAAGCUGAAGGUCCAAGCAACCACACUCAACCAGCAAGGACAAAUCACCUACCAGAGUUUAUUCAUUAUCUACAUCUCAAUUUCUGCUUAUCCAUUCUGA